AUGUUACAGGCAACGGGAGCAUGUAAAGAUAAGGAUUGCAAAUCAGGUUGCGAAAAUCAAGCACCUGGGAAUUUGAAUCCUUACUUGCUCUGUAAAGCGGGCAUGCUUUUUCCCGUCCAAGAGCUGUUAAUUGCUGGCAAAACUGACCUCUUCACGAAACCAGACGUGAAUGGCUUUACGGCGAUACAUUAUGCUGCGGGAUAUGGCCACGUUCAGCUUUUGCGAUCAUUUCAACAGUUCAAGUUGCCUCUCGACUCAAAAGCAGAAAAUGAAAACAAAGCUACAGGUCUUCACAUGGCUUGUUGUCGUGGGUCUAUUGCUUGUGUGGAGUUCUUACUAAAUGCAGGACUUGCAAUUGAAUCCACAGACGGUGGAGGAUGCACACCUCUUAUUGUCACAGCUAAAAAUGGACAUGCACCCUUGGCAAUCUACUUAAUAAACAAAGGCGCUAACAUCAGGCAUGUCGACAAUGAAGGUGACACUGUUUUGCACUGGGCAGCCUACACUGGCCAGACAGAUCUGGUCCAGCUUUUGCUGCGAUAUGGACUGAAUCCGGCACAACUUGAUACCUUCGAUCAGACCCCUCUACACAACGCUUGCGUGAAAGGAAGCAUCAACUGCGUCAGAGAACUGCUUAAGCAGGAUGACAUGACUAGAGUAUUGGAAUGGCGGGACAAAAACGGGAAAACGCCAAAGAUGUUGGCCGAAGGCAGAAAGCAUAGGGAACUGCUGCGAUUUUUCGCACAUCUCGAGAACAAGAAAUUGUCUUUCUCAGGAAUGAAUCUGGCAUUCGACUGGAACCUAUUGAUGUUCGGUUCUCCGGGCAACCCGCGAACUAUGAUCCUCUUCAUAAUUAUCAAUUUCUUCCUGCUAGCCUACCCAAUCUACCUUCUCUGGAUCUUGCCGUCGACUCUUAAUGACCUGUUUAUUGUACAUAUGAUCUUCCUCCUCGCUAGUUUCGUUAAGUGGUUCGGAUAUGCACACUGCUCGACUGUGGAUCCAGGGUACAUCAGCUCGAAUCCAGAGGAGUACAACUACCAGAUGAAGCAGCUAGCGACUCCAGCAGUUAACAACGCCUCGGAGCUGCAGGAACUGUUGAGGCGUCUCUGUCACACUUGUCAGUUGGUGAAACCUAUGAGGUCCAAACACUGUCAAUUCUGCAACAGAUGCGUGGAACAUUUCGACCAUCAUUGCCCUUACAUCGGAAACUGUGUCGGCUUGAGAAACAGACACUCAUUCACGUUCUUCGUUGGUGGGUUCGGAGUGAGUGGCUUUCUGGGCAACGUCAUGCUCGUCUACUAUCUCAAUCAUGUGUACUCUGUGUGGUGGCUGAAAGUGUUAGGACUCUACAUGUUCAUGUUCUGGCUUAUCGGCAUGUACAUUUUCUCAGCGCUGUGGCAUGGAAUAUGCACCAAUUUAACCUUAAACGAAAGAGCUAACUGGAAGCGAUACGGAUAUAUGAAGGCACCGAAUGGAGGCUUCAUGAACCAAUUCGACAAGGGAAAACUAAACAACAUCCUGGAGUUUUUCCAUGUGAAAAAAGAUUCAGACCUGAUGAGACGAAAAAGAGUAGAUAUCAUUUGAGGUGUGAUCAAAUACUGCCUGCCAUAAAUGGCAAAAAUGCGUCCUUGGCUCGUCUCAGUAGCUUCAAAAUAUAUAUCAUUUCCAGAAUAUGCCGCCUAUCAUGCACAACAGUGAUGUAAAGAAAAGUUGCCAAUCAGAAUUGGUAUUUCAAAUUUCAAGCUUAUAUUGUACAGACGACACAGUGAAUAAUCUCUAUUUAGAUUCUUUGUAAACUUACUGUAGUAAGUGGCGGUAUGCGAAUUAGAAGAAGCAGAGUUUUUGACAUGCUACAAAAGCAGGCAAAUUGGUUAUAUUAUUUCAUCUCCCGAACCAAUCGGAGCAUUAGAAUAAAGGGUCUACGAGGUCAGGCUUUUUUAUUUUUAGGGCUUUACUCGCUUUUUGUUGGAAAAUGUCACUAUGACAAGUGCUGCUUAUGAGAUUACGGAAGUUAUGAAAAUUUGUUUGAUCUACGAAAAUUUUUUGAAAUAGGUAUGGAAAAUCUGUCUGCUUUCAAACUUUUCUGCUGGCUGCGUAACCUCGCAUAGUGUGCAAAUAGUUGAUAAAUUUUUAGCUUAAUUAUUUUUUCAGGCUAAAAAUUUGAGGUGCCUUAUGGUGAAGUAACGUUUGGAUGUAACUAGUUAGUACAGUGCUGAUUUACAUUAUCCGGACACGAUGAACAAAUUGAAACAUCUAAACGCGUUUUUUUUGUCAUCAGGGACGGCAUCUCGCUUCAUUUAUUAACGCGUUGUUUACACAGCGACCUAGCGAGCGUAUUGUUAUAUAACGAUUGCAUGUUUUCCAAUACAACUCUCAGACAAAAUUGCUAAUUUAUUCUUUUUUUGCUGCAUAGUAUUGGAAUUUCAAUAGCAUCCGUUCUCUGCUUUAUUGGUUGCUAAUAUUUGCUUAUUCACACGUGUGACAUAGUGCUUCACACCCAUGUCUUAUGAUUAUCUUUAGUUACCAUAAUUGGAUGCAUAAGACGCUAAAUAUGUGACCCAGUAUUCAAAAACAGCUAAUUUAAACUUAAUCGCAUAAACUCUGGGUGCUUAAAUCAAGUUGAUGAUUGGUCACAUUGAAACCAGUCAUAUGAAAUCAUCAAUGAGAACCGCUUAAACCCUUAUCGAGUGCUCAAAACCUAACCUACAUAAAAAAAGUCUAGAGGAAACAUAUCAAGGCCGUAAGGAAAGAGACUUUAAAAAGUCGAAAAUUAAAAAUACAGUAAAGCAGAGGUAAUUAAAUCUCACUCGUACAUACUAACGGUACCAGGGACAUAUAUAACUUCUCAGAGACGAUCAUUACGUCAGUAAAACUUAUCCACACACCGGACAUUGAUAAUUUCCACUAUCAAUUAGUGCUACUCCAUCUGAAACCACUAAUUGAAUCAGAACUGAACAUCAUUUAACUGCAAUAAGAUGGCGCUCGCUCAAAUCUCAGUCGAUCCAUUUGGGGGAACGGACAAAGAAAACUAAUUAUUUCAAAGCUAUAUGAGAGUUACGAGAUGACUUUUGUAACCCUCAACCUCAAGAGGUACACAUACUUAAGUUUGAGCAAUUGAAGUUCGGUAUCAAGAGAGACUCACCAGAAGAUUACAUGGUAAGUCUCACGAAAAAGGCACAACGAGCCUACCUGACACCUGAUUUACCGGUAGUCGCACCAAUUGAUCCUGCAAUAGUAGGAGUAGCUGCGAAUGCAGACGCAGUGCGUUUCCAUGGAGAGACGGCGGAACAACUUGCAGCAGUCAACGAUAGCAGAAAUGAGCAAAUCAAAUGACUGUUUGUUGAAAGAAUGCCUAGUUGGCUUCGUUCCAACAUGUUGUAUCAACCACCAGCAGCAACGGUCCAAGAGUUAUGUCACUUGGCGCCUUAUCAACUGGCCAUCAAAGACAUAAUGAAGACUGCCGUAAUGGAGACUAACCCAAGGAUAGUAAGUCUCUCAGAACAUUAACGCGCUGUCAAAAUUAACAGCUUAACGAAGUACGCAGCGAGUUGUCAGAUACAAGAAGGCAAAUGACCCAACAGUCAUCAUAAAAAAAGAGUACUGGGAAUACUCAAAAGCAUCCAGAACAGAACAACCAGCUUAAAAUUGGAAAUAUUUAUUUUUUCCAGAAAGGACAGAACAGGGGAAACGAACCUCCGAACACAGGAAACUCAGGUCAAGGAAGUUAGUCCGCACAAUAAGGAAACAGGUUUGACCCACCUCAAAGAAAUUAGCCAAGGAACCUGGCGUGGACAAAGGAGAAAAGAAGGGGGAAAGAAAAACGGAACUGGCAACAACGAAACAAUGUUGGAUUUUGAAGCUCUCGCAUAUCAUAGAUAUUGCACUUAAAUUGAGCUUUUUGUAAUAUCUUUUUCGAAUGUGUGUUGUUGGUUCCUCAGACGUCCCAUGAUGUCAUUCAAAACGGGGAUUGCAAAUUAAACUAAAAUGGCAGAAACUGAAAUUACAGUUGUGUUCAGGAUGGAAUGUGUGUUGUUGGUUCCUCGGACGUCCCAUGAUGUCAUUCAAAGAACAGCUCGCCGCAAUGCAAGGCAACUUCCAUAUACUAAGAGACUGCACCCAAACACUGUUUCUCAACCAGCAAAUCAACUCCAAUCUUGACAUCGCAGCAUUCCCUCUAAACUUUGUUUACGCGGACCUUACCAGCUAUAAAGCAGCAUUGUACUCUUUCAAAACUUAUGUCCGCAAAUCGAUGCCAAUACUUCUAGAUCAAACACUGCCAAUGUCCCUUGUGCCGCGAGAGUCACUGCUGGCGGUAAUCGAUGCUGUAUUUAGUAGCAAUUCAUUCCAAUGUUAAUAAGUUUUGGUGAUACAUGCCGUUUGUUCGAUGGAUUGUUCUACAAAUGGAGUAAACUUAAAUCUUACUUUAAACUGGAAUCAAGUGAUGUAGAUAAUCGCACUUAAACUUUCGCUUAUGCUGACCAUAAUCAUGUUCUGAAUUAUGUCAGUAGCAGCCUCGGACAGGAAGGAACUUUAACAACAGGGGUCCAAAAUUUGCGAAAGUACUUGGUACUGACGCAAGAAGAAUUGGAUGCCCACGAAACACCAGGCGAUUGAUCUAGAAGAACUUCGGUAUGCUCUUCUAUGGAAAAAAACAGCAAAAAUUGAAUUCCCACAAUGACCCUAAUGAAGACAGAGAGGAUAGCUCAACCAUCAUUGAGCAGUUAACUGCAUCUCACCUUAUUCAUCUUCUUUUCUUGUCACUUAAAAAGUUUUGCUCAUGUUUUGGAGAUUAUACUUUUCUUAUUUUUUGAGGCUAUAUAACACGCUGAAUUUGAUAUUAAUUUUUCAUUAAUUGACCCGGUAAUUGAGCGUAUCUUAUGGUUUGCUCAAAACCCUGAGAUGAUCUGUUUUUGGUUUGAAAUGUUUGGUCCGAUUUUUGCAAAAUUAAUAGUUCCAUAAAAAUUCUGAAUAAAGUUUAAAGCAACCUUAGUUCUUAUCCAUUUUGUAAUAUCGACCCAAUUAAAGGAAAACGCGUUUACGUUUCCCAAUUUUGUAAGUUUUUCGGUGAAUUAAAAUCAGCACUGUAGCAACUUGAAAAUAUUUCAAAUCUCUCGCUCUUAAGUAACUGCAUAUAGUGAUUCGAUAAUAUAAUAUAUUUCGGUAGUCUACUAUGAAUAACUUCCCUUUUGCUUGAAUUAAAAAGUCUGCUUUGAGUUGUACAGUAAUGAUAUGGAUUUAAUUGUGAGAUUACCUAAUUACUCGAGGACCCUGGGGCCUCUGGAGCACAAAAAGCAGUGUCGAACUUAAUUCAUGCAUUGAAUUUGAAGUAUCGCGUGAUUGAGUUGUCAUCUAAAGAAUUACCCGGAAAAGAUUCUGUUAACAUGGUAGAAUCAUGACCAAAAAAUAUUGCUUCAAAAGUUAGGUGAUCGUGAUACAAGUCAUUCGAUUUGAAUUUUAUUUCUAUUUGUAAAAUUACACUAAAUCUAGGCCGAUGAUAUUUUCGUGCUUAUUUUCUUCAUAUUUUAAUGAUCACCAAUCAAGCUCAAGUUGUAAACAUAAAUUUAUUUGAAUUGUUUUCUCUUUAUAUCAAUUGAAAUAAAUUGUAUUUCAUA